AUGCCUAACAUAAAAGUAUUCGGUGGUUCAUCUCAUCCUGAAUUAACAAAAUUAAUUUGUGCUCGACUUGGUCUGGAACCAGGAAGAGUUAUAACAAAAAAAUUUAGUAAUCGAGAAACAAGUGUUGAAAUUAAUGAAUCAGUACGUGGUGAAGAUGUGUUUAUUGUUCAAAGUGGUUGUGGAGAAAUUAAUGAUAAUCUAAUGGAAUUAUUGAUUAUGAUAAAUGCAUGUAAAAUAGCAUCAGCUUCAAGAGUUACUGCUGUUAUUCCAUGUUUUCCUUAUGCUCGACAAGAUCGUAAAGAUAAAAGUCGUGCACCAAUUUCAGCUAAACUUGUAGCAAAUAUGUUGAGUGUAGCUGGUGCUGAUCAUAUCAUAACAAUGGAUUUACAUGCUUCUCAAAUACAAGGUUUUUUUGAUAUUCCUGUUGAUAAUCUUUUUGCUGAACCUGCUGUUAUUCGAUGGAUAUCCUUACAUAUUCCAGAUUUUAAAAAUGCUGUUAUUGUCAGUCCUGAUGCUGGAGGUGCUAAACGUGUAACAUCAAUAGCUGAUCGAUUAAAUAUUGAUUUUGCACUUAUUCAUAAAGAACGAAAACGUGCUAAUGAAAUUGAUUCGAUGGUACUUGUUGGUGAUGUUACAAAACGUAUUGCGAUUUUAGUUGAUGAUAUGGCUGAUACAUGUGGAACAUUUGAAUGUGCAUCACAAAAAUUAUUAAGUGCAGGCGCAAGUAAAGUUUAUGCAAUUUGUACUCAUGGAAUUUUUAGUGGUCCGGCUAUAUCAAGAAUAAAUAAUUCACCAUUUGAAGCUGUUGUUGUUACAAAUACAAUUCCACAAGAAGAAAAUAUGAAAAAUUCAAAUAAAAUUCAGGUGAUUGAUGUAUCAAUGAUGUUUUCAGAAGCAAUUCGUCGUACACAUAAUGGUGAAUCUGUUUCCUAUCUCUUCACUCAAAUGCCACUCUAA